UCAGAUAGAGAGAGAAGAGAGAGAGAGGGGUUUAGUGUGGCCUUUGUGGAGGGAUAGACAUGGCUUCAGCUGUAUCUAUGUUCCCUGUGACCAUCAAAUCUUCUUCUCCUUCUUCUUCACCGUUUAAUCCUUCUCUUUCACAUUUCUGUGGAUCAUUUCCUUCUUCUUCUUAUUCUUCUUCAAAGAGUAUUUGUUGGGUUUCGCCUUACACUUCAAGUAGUGACGGAGCUCACUGCAGGAAUGGCGUUAGGUUCAAACACUCUCGUGUAAUCUCUUUGUCAGGAAACAAAAGGCUGUCUCUACACCCAUCUCCACGCCGCUCUUCUUCCAGGCUGAGUUUCAGGGCUGCAGCUGAGUACAAAUUUCCCGAUCCCAUUCCUGAAUUUGCGGACGCUGAGACAGAGAAGUUCAGGAAUCAUCUUAUUAAGAAGCUCUCCAAGAAGGAUAUGUUUGGAGAUUCACUAGAAGAGGUUGUUGGAAUCUGCACUGAGAUACUCAGUACCUUCUUACACACCGAAUACGGGGGUCCGGGCACACUCUUAGUCAUACCCUUCAUUGACAUGGCUGAUACUUUGAACGAGCGAGGCUUGCCCGGGGGACCACAAGCUGCACGGGCUGCAGUUAAAUGGGCUCAAGAUCAUGUCGACAAGGACUGGAAGGAAUGGAACAGUGGUGACAGCAGUUGACAGGGAGCAUCCGCCAAACAUCAAGCUCAAGGUCUUAGCUGCCUUCAUAUGGGUAGAUUGUAUGUCCAAAUUGCAAGUCCUUGAGUAGCCCUAAUGCCUUGUUUAAAUGGAAGGGGCUUUUUUCUUUGCCUUUCUUUUACAGGGUUGAUGUCAAUAGGUUUUGCCGUAGCAGCUACUGCAACUGGGAGUUUAUACUCCAUCUCACCAUGAGAUUGUUUAGCUACUGCAGUAGGUUUUGCAUGAACAUGUUCUCUUCUGAUUACUUUGGUGGAAAAGGGCUGUCCUGCCCAAAUAUAUUUUUUUUGUUCUGAUUCUUCUU